AUGACCGAGUGCGACUGGGAUAAGAAAAGUACUUCAGCUUCAAAUUCAGACACAGAAAUGAAACCUGAACUGCCUCCUUGUGUGAAUCCUGGCAAUCCUGUGUUUUCAUGUAUGUUGGAUCCAAAGACACUCCAUACGACUACCUCACUAUCAAAACCUAAGAUGAUUAUGUAUAAAACUAAUUCAAGUAAUUACGGUGAAUUUUUACCUAUGCCACAGUUUUUCCCCUGCUAUUAUACUCCAAGGGAGCAAGUAUUUUCUAGUCAUAUCAGAGCGACUGGAUUUUAUCAAAAUAACACUCUGAACACUGCACCUGACAGAACAAGAACCCUUGAUUUCCCUAAUUUUCAACACACUCUAUGA